AGUGCGACUUCCCGACUGUAACACUGAGCUGAUAAUAUUAACCUUUAACUUGUUUUGAAAGAAAAUAUUUCCUUACACGCUGAUGUGUGAAUGUAAAACGAAUUAAAUAAAAAUUAUGCCGGUUUUGAAUGGAAACAAACACUAAAAAUGGUGAAAAUAAUAUUUUUACAUCCUGACUUGGGAAUUGGAGGAGCUGAACGCCUUGUGUUGGAUGCCGCAUUAGCUUUCAAGAAAAAAGGCCACGAAGUCGCUUUCUAUACCAAUCAUCAUGAUCUUACUCACUGCUUUGCCGAAACUAGGGAUGGAACUUUUCCAGUUUCAGUUGUCGGCGACUGGAUACCACGUUCUAUACUUGGAAAAUUCAAAGCUGCCUGUGCCUAUGCUCGUAUGGUGUACGCUGCUAUUUACAUCGCUUGGUAUGUGAUUCCAGUUGAAGAACCUACCUUGAUAUUUUGUGAUCUCAUAUCAUUGUGCAUUCCAUUUUUGAAGAUGGCUAGAGGACCAUUCCGCAUAGUGUUUUAUUGCCAUCACCCUGAUAAAUUGUUAACUUCUGAAGGUGGAUUAUUGAAGAAACUAUAUCGUGCCCCACUCAACUGGUUAGAGGAAUUCACUACUGCUAAAGCAGACAAGGUUCUGGUAAAUAGUAAAUACACAGCUAGAGUUUAUCAAGAUGCAUUCCAGAAAAUAGUAGAUGUCCCUGAUAUUUGUUAUCCCUCAAUCAAUACUGAAUACUUCAGGACAACUUCACCAAAGCCUUUGAAAGAAGUUGUACCAGUUGGUACGGAUAAGUAUGUUUUUUUGUCAAUUAAUAGAUACGAGAGGAAGAAAAAUCUUCAGUUGGCUUUGAGAUCAUUGGAAUAUCUAAAACAUAUUGUUGAUGAAGAAGACUGGAAUAGAAUACAUUUGAUAAUGGCUGGAGGGUUUGACCCAAUUAAUUUAGAAAAUAUGGAACAUUUUAUUGAGCUGACUGACUUAGCUACAGAGUUAGAUAUUGAAGACAAAGUAACCUUCCUAAAAUCUCCAAAAGAUGAUGAGAAGGUUUCAUUAUUAUACAACUGCAAAGCUCUAAUUUAUACACCAUCAAAUGAACAUUUUGGAAUAGUUCCUUUGGAAGCUAUGUAUUACAGCAAGCCUGUCGUAGCAGUAAAUAGUGGUGGGCCUACAGAAACAAUUGUAAAUGAUGUGACUGGCUUUUUGUGUGAACCAACAAAUGAAUCAUUUGCUAAUGCUAUGAGAAAGUUAAUAUUGAGCCAGGAUUUAUGUGAAAAGUUGGGUAAUGCUGGUAGAAAAAGAUUUGAAACAAAAUUCUCAUUUGAUGCAUUUACUGAUCAAUUAGACGGAAUACUUACUAGGGAAAGGCAAAUCAUUUCUGAGGCACGAGCCAUAGAGUAUGAACAGAAAAAGAAGAAAUAGCAUUGUGCCGGCACUCCUA